AUAAACCGGUGACAAAGUGGCGAGCAGCGGCCCCCGGGAAGCAGAGAUCACAGCCAGCACACAGAGACACACACACACACACAGAGGAGGAAGAAGAGGAGGAGGAGGAGGAGAACCGAGCACCGCGAACAGGCGCUGGAUCCACAGCCACACACCGGAGAGGAGACACGGAGGAAACACUCUGCAACAGCAAACAGAGGAAACUAAUCCGGACGGAGCAUCCUUCACCCCACCGACAGAGAUGGGUGUCACCUCUCGCCCCCUGCUAUUGGUGUGCGCAUAUUUGGCAACUGCGCUGAUUGGUGGAACCCGCUCGGAGGGGGUGUGUCUCCAAGACGGCAAGCACAAGGCCACUCCCGGCCCGGAGCCACACCUGAGGGAGUGUGGGCUGUAUGCCGACAAUAGCUGCUGCACAGAAGAAGACAUCCAGGAUAUCUCCCAUGUUCCCUCUGCCAUCAAUAAGAAUGAACCCUGGGACAAGUGUGGGCCUCUGAGCUCAGAGUGUGAAGGCUUCCUGAAGCGUGUGUCAUGUUUUUACCGCUGCUCCCCCGAUGCCGCGCGCUGGCCUCACCCCCACCGCCGCUCAUACAUCCAGGCCGUGCCACUCUGCCACAGCUUCUGCCGUGAUUGGUUUGACGCCUGCAGGAUGGACAUGACGUGUGCUCGUAACUGGGCCAGAGACCCCAGAGGACAGAACUGCACUGGAACCUGUGUUCAGUAUCAGCAGAUGUACCAACAUGGCAGGGAUCUCUGUGAGAGCCUGUGGGGCGACGCCUUCAUGACGGUGGAGGAUGAGCCAGAGGACAUGGGAGAGGCCGGAGAGGUUGGAGCUGAGGGUGACGGUGGUCGCCCCUGUGGCUGCCUGACCCUCAGUCCCUCAGACAAGGAUGUGAUUGCCGCCCUUAGGGCCCAGCAGGACGACCCGGAGGAGCUGGAUACCACCAAGACCGGCCUGCCUCAGUACCGGGCCCCAUGCCAGACCAAGCUGCCCCUGCAGGCCAGGAGCGGCAGGAAGGGGAACUCUGUGCUGCGUAAACGCUCCAUCAUAGUCGACGACGUGGAGGGGAGCGGGAGUGGCUUGUAGAGAGGGGUGAUAGGUGGCAACAUAUUUAGAGAUUAUUGUCUAGAUCCUAAUCUGUCUCUUGAAAUGGAGUUGCUUCUUUAACUAACCUUACCACACAGACCUAAACUGUCAUCAUCAUUACUGUCACAUUCUACAUAUAAUCUCUAUGGUUUUUAAUAAUACUGUAUCUGGUUUAUAAAACCUCCAGUAAACACCUGGUCAGUUAUUUACCUAGCUAAACAGCCAGGAUUUAGAAAAAAGAAACUUUUAAGAUUUAAAGGUAAAAUCCUUAAUUAUGCAAGGGCUCUGACUUCAAUAAUAAAUAUACUGAUAAUAUCACAUAAUGGCUGCACAAAUGUUUUAUUGCCAGCUGAUAGGUCGAGAAUUGUUUUUACAAAAGUCAGGUAUUUCAUUUGCAGAUGCUAUUUGCACCCAGGGUGUAAGUAGUCAUAUUGGCUGUAUACACCCAGAUGCAAAAAGUAAAUGUUUCUGUUACCAUCUGGGUGUAAAAAAAACAAAAGAUAAUGUGGCUAAUCACACGCAUGUGUAAAAAGUCAGGGUAGGUAUUCACACCUGGGGUUAAGUAGUCAAUGUGACUAAUCACACCUGGGGUUAAGUAGUCAGUGUGACUAUUCACACCUGGGGUUAAGUAGUCAAUGUGACUAUUCACACCUGGGGUUAAGUAGUCAAUGUGGCUAUUCACACCUGGGGUUAAGUAGUCAAUGUGACUAUUCACACCCAGGUGAAAGUAGUCAAUGUGACUAUUCACACCCAGGUGAAAGUAGUCAAUGUGGCUAUUCACACCUGGGGUUAAGUAGUCAGUGUGACUAUUCACACCCAGGUGAAAGUAGUCAAUGUGGCUAUUUACACCUGGGGUUAAGUAGUCAAUGUGACUAUUCACACCCAGGUGAAAGUAGUCAAUGUGGCUAUUCACACCCAGGUGAAAGUAGUCAAUGUGGCUAUUCACACCCAGGUGUAAGUAGUCAGUGUGGCUAUUUAAAACCAGGUAUAAAUAGUCAAAAUGGCUAUAUACAUCCCAUAUAAAUAGUUUAUGUUGCUAUUCACACCUGGGUGUAAUGUGGCUAGUUUCAACCAGGUGUGAAUAGGCAAUGUGGCUUUUCACACCCGGGUGUAAACAGUGAAUUUGGCCAUUUACACCCAGUUGUAUAGGGCAUCAUGCAAAGGCAAGCACCCUGGUGUUCAUAGCCAACAAUGCCAUUAGCACCUAGGGUGUAAAUACCUAAUGUGGCUGUUGACACCGGGGUGUAUAUUCCUGGAUGUCCUAGCAACACCAAAAUAGGACAUUAAACCAAAUGGGUCUAUUCAGCUAUUCUGCUAAAGUUCAUGUACACAGUGUGUACACAGCUUUAUAGAUCCCUAAAACUGAAAAGAAGUAAAAACAAAUAAUAAACCAACACUGACACACAGGACACAAACCUCAGUCUCCUGUGUAAAAGUCCUGUGCUCAUCCCAUUCACCCAUCACACCCUACACCUUCCAUGGACUGCGUUGCUCUUUAUACUACGUCACCUGACUGUCUGGCAGAACAUUUGUGAGUUUUAUCUUGUAAAUUUACCACUGUAAUCUCAGAGAGUAUCAGAGAUUGGCUUGUACCAGCCCUAACCAUGACCCCUUUGCCCUGAUCCUAAUAGCCUCUGACCUUGACACAUCAACGUGAUGAUGCGUGUAAGGGAUGGGUUUAAAUAGCUGAGUAGCUGCAGUGUGACUACUCUCAACGGGGUGCAAAUAGACACUCUGUUUUUUAUUUGCUUUGUAUGGCUCAGUAAAACACAUCACUGACACUACGACAUGAGGUGUGUGAAGUCUCACACAUGGCAAACGUAACAUCCUGCAGUAUAAGCGCUUGUGCAUGAAUCAAACAUGUUAACCAGAGGACUUCUCAUGACAGUAUUGCAAACACGACAUCCCUGCACCAGUACUUCACCACCCUGCUUCUCUUCUCAGUCGUCUAGCUGACUCUAAUCUGUGCAUUAGUCAAUUGUUAAAUGCAGAUCUUACUGUUUGUGAAGCCGUAUCGUGCAGUCUACAUGUCAUAAGGGAUAGCGGAGAGAGCAAUGAUUAUAAUGAAUGUAGCUUUCUAACAGAUUACAGGACUGAACGUUAAGGGAUGUGGUAUGAUAAUGACAAUGGAGAAGUAAAUACCUGAGGGAAGGUUUAAUAUUCAGAAACAAAUCUGCCUACCAGAGUAAAUCCGCAGAGGCAGCGUUUGUACCAGCAGAGGCUGUUCUGGUAGUUUGAUCACGUAUAUUACCAAUGUACUGUGGACGUGUCUUUUAUAAUUACGUUGUGUAUUUCUAGAGCGAAGCACUGUUAGAUGUAAAUGUUUUGUAAAAAGGGGAAACUGGUUUGUUCAAUUCAUGGUAAGCUUGCUGAGAGAUGUGUUUCUGUGCUUUACAUUCUCAAUAAAGACGAUAUUUGUAAAUGUCAA